AUGUUCUCCAGGCACCACGCUACCUUGGUGUCGCCCAUCGGAAGCAUCUUCGACACACCCGGCUGCGCGUUGCCUCUCUACCCAUCGUUCCAUCGAACUAUUCGGCAUGCCAACCAGACAGACAUCAGCCUGAAGUGGCGCUGUCCAGGUCGCAGAGCCACGGUCGUCUAUCGCCGUGGCCGCGCCCUCUACUUGAACGCGACCCGACUUUCGGAGUACUACGGCGCGGGCUCGGCAACACACGCGGUGUGCAUGUACCGCGAAGUUCUCAGAAACGAGACAUCAAGUGGGCCUCACGAUACAGGCUACAAGCUGGGACCUAGUCGAACCAUUGUCUUCGGAAAAGAAUUGACCGAAGAGUUUGUGACUGUCAGCUGCGUGGCGGGCAUAGAGACGCUUUUCACAGAUUACUUCCUCAUUCCACAAUUGAAAAACAUUAGUGAUGGACUGCUCGCAAGGCGCAGAGAGGGCCUGAUGAAUGUACUCGUCCUGGGCAUAGACUCGACGUCACGAAUGAACUUCAAUCGCCACAUGAAGCGGACGCGGCGGCUACUAUUAGGAGAGCUGAAUGCAUUCGAGCUUCUUGGCUACAACAAGGUGGGGGACAGUUCCUUUGGCAACCAGAUACCGCUGCUGAUGGGAAAGUCUGCGGACGAGGUGAAACGAAUCUUUUGCAACGACAAUUUAGACGACUUGUCGCUCCUGUGGAACCACUACUCGGUACGAGGGUAUGCCACCCUAUUCCUGGAAGAAAUGCCUUGCUACAGUCUAUUCACAUAUCCGAACUACCGGGGUUUCCGUAAGCCGCCAACCGAUUAUUACCCUGUGCCCGUCCUGCACGCCAUGGAAGAAAACGGAGGCAUCGACGUCUACUGCGCCGGCUCGCGCUUGAAGACACAGGUAUUCUUAGAGUACCUAAAAGACGUGAUGGAGUUGAACGCUGAUCACGGCAUCCCGAUGUUCUCGUAUGUCUGGCUGUCGGACGUUCCGCAUAGCAAUGACCACGCUCUGUUGGUGCUGGACGAUCCAGUACACCAGCUACUGCGAGACAUGCAAAACCGACGUGCCUUCGAAGACACUGCAGUCGUUCUGCUGAGUGACCACGGCGCGAGGUUUGGCAGCAACCGUGCCACGGUCAUCGGCAGGCACGAGGACAAGACACCGUUCGGAUACCUCGUGCUGCCGCGCAGAUUUCUACGCCGCCACCCUAAAGCCGCUGUUAAUUUAGAGGUAAAUCAGCGGCGUUUGGUUACAGCGUACGAUCUUCACGUCACCCUCUUGCACCUCUUGCGCUACGCGCACACUGCUGCUUCCAGUGCUUCCCUACGCACAGAGAGGGGUCUUAGCCUUCUGGGUUAUGUGCCUCCAGAGAGAAACUGCAGCGACGCCUUUGUACCUGUAGAAUUCUGCGAGUGCGUCGCAGCUGGCGUAGACUUGGACCUGGAGUCAAGCCUGGUGCAGUCAUUCGCGACGUUUGUGGUGGAAUACCUCAACAGUCUCAACGAGGCCAACUUUCCCGCUAUGUGCGUCAGGUGGCAGCUGGCGAGCGUGACGGACGCAUACGCGCUCGGUGGUCUGAAGAGUGCCAUGAAGCCCAGCUUUGAGGCGUACGGCGAGGUGCGCGACAGCCAGGAGCGGCGCAUGUUGUUUGUGCAGAGGCUGGACUGGUACGCCAACCAGACCGGAUGCCUUCCGCCGAGCCUCUGGCAGAAGCUGUGCUACUGCGCCUCCACGUAG